AUGGAGAUGAUGAUUCUGGAAGGUAAGGACGCAUGCGAUUGGGUUUACAGAGGUGAAGGAGGUGCUAAUCUCGUACUUGCUUACUCUGGAUCAUCAUCAUCAUCUUCGCUUUUUGUGGGGAAAGUGAUUCGUAUACAGAAAGCUAGGAAGAAUGAUAAAGCAAAGAGUAAUGCGAAUGGUGUUUUUUCCGUUUUAACAAGCGAUGAGCAACUUUUGUGGAAGGAAAACAAGGAGCUUAUUUCAUCUCCAAACAAUGAAGUUCUUGAACAAAGAUAUGUUAAGCAUGUUAUCAUUCCUCUCUUGGGUCCUAAACAUGUUGAUGCAGGAGUUCGUGUUUCUGUGUCCAAGGAAUUUCUUGAAUCUGUUGAUAAGAAAGUAACUAAGCAGCGUCCGCCGUGGCGUGUUAAUGCAGCUAAUGUUGAUACUAGUCAUGAUUCUGCUCUUAUUUUGAAUGAUCAUUCACUUUUCUCUCAAGCGAUUUCUAGCGGUGGCGACUGCAUUAGUGUUGAAAUAAAGCCCAAAUGCGGAUUUCUUCCAACCUCAAGGUUCAUAAGUGAAGAAAACAUGCUCAAAAGAAGCGUAAGCCGCUUCAGAAUGCACCAGAUCUUGAAAUUGGAAUAUAACGAGAUAUCUGAAGUAAGCGAAUAUGAUCCUCUUGAUCUGUUCUCUGGAUCCAAAGAGAGAGUUUCACAAGCUAUAAAAGCCUUAUAUUCUACUCCACAGAACAAUUUCCGCGUAUUUUUGAAUGGUUCUCUCAUAUUAGGCGGUUCAGGUGAAAGCACUGGGAGAACCAGCCCCAAAAUUGGAUAUGCCUUUGAGGAUGCACUUAGAGGCUUCAUUCAAUCAGAUGAUGGUCAUAGGACAAAUUGCUUUCUGCAGCUAGUAUCUGAUGCUGUCUAUGAGUCGGGAGUGCUCGAUAGGCUUCUGGAAGUUCAGAAGCUAGACAAAUUAGACGUUGAAGGAGCAAUUCAUUGUUAUUACGAUGUUAUCAACCAGCCUUGCCCUAUAUGCAAAGAAGGUGGGCCAUUGGAGGAGUACUCGUCGCUACAUACUUUACCGUUAGAUGAAAGCUUGAAGAUCGUCAAGGACUAUAUGAUAGCUGCAACGGCCAAGGACUGUAGCCUUAUGAUCAGUUUUCAAUCAAGAAAAGACUGCAAUGGAGCACCUUCGUGUGAUGAAGUGUGUCUAAAAUCGACCAAUCAAACGUUUGAUUACAAGGUACACUUCAUUGAUCUAAGCCUGAAACCACUAAAGAGAAUGGAGGCAUACUACAAACUGGAUCAGAGGAUAAUUAGAUUCUACACUCAGAAGCAUAAGGUUAAAAACAGAGAAGAACAACUCGGCGAUCCAAAACCUCAAAACCUUCUGAAGAUAGCUAAGUCGCGUGGUACGCGAAGCCAUGGAUCGUCUCAACACCACUACUACCUCUAG